AUGGAUCACCGAAGCCGACUACGGGGCAUAGGCCUGAACCGAAUCCCUGGGACUCAGUCCCGACCAGCCCGGCCCCUGGUCCCCUUCCAUGUGGAACAGGAGGCAAGGGAAGGAGAAGAUUGGGAGCGAGAGCUCCCUCCUCAGAGGCCUCCUGUCUACGAGCCCACGGAAAGUGAAGAGCUGCCGGACACUAUCAUGGUUUCCAAGCCAGCACCUUACUGGGAAGGAACAGCUGUGAUAAACGGAGAAUUUAAGGAGCUCAAGUUAACUGAUUAUCGUGGGAAAUACUUGAUAUUUUUCUUCUACCCACUUGAUUUCACAUUUGUGUGUCCAACUGAAAUUAUCGCUUUUGAUGACAGAAUUGAAGAAUUCAGAUCUAUAAAGACUGAAGUGGUAGCUUGCUCUGUCGAUUCACAGUUUACCCAUUUGGCCUGGAUUAAUACCCCUCGAAGACAAGGAGGACUUGGGCCAAUAAGGAUUCCACUUCUUUCCGAUCUGACCCAUCAGAUCUCAAAGGACUAUGGCGUAUAUCUAGAGGACUCAGGCCACACUCUUAGAGGCCUCUUCAUUAUUGAUGACAAGGGAAUCCUGAGACAGAUUACUCUGAAUGACCUUCCUGUGGGUAGAUCAGUAGAAGAGACACUGCGUUUGGUUCAAGCAUUCCAGUACACCGACAAGCACAGAGAAGUCUGCCCUGCUGGCUGGAAACCUGGUAGUGAAACAAUAAUCCCAGAUCCAGCUGGAAAACUGAAGUAUUUUGAUAAAAUAAAUUGA